GUCGGCGAAACGAAGCGGGGCAGUGAUGUAUGGCGAUGACAGGUUGUCGCCAAGCCAGCGCUCUGAAGCAGCUCCAAUCCUAUCGGAUGCAAACGGAUCAGUGCUGGAUGCCCACCAUGACAGCCGAACUACACGUGUCGACCGCCGUGUAGUGACGAUGUAUGCAGUGACUGCACUUUGCUUCUUCAACGUCAGCGGCGGGCCAAUUGGAUCUGAGCCAGUGUUUGCUGCAGGCGGUCCCGCCGUUGGACUCGUCGCCCUCUGCCUCUUUCCAUUGGUGUGGUGCGUUCCAAUUGCACUCAUUACCGCCGAGCUCAGCACAGCCUUCCCCGAAAAUGGUGGCUUCACCUUGUGGGUAAACCACGCGUUUGGGCCGUUCUGGGCAUUUCAAGAGGGGCUGUGGUUUUGGUUGUCGGGGGCGAUCGACACGGCGCUGUACCCAGCGCUGGCUGUGACUUGCAUGGAGAAAUUCAUUCCUCAGUUGAGCGACAUCAGCGCCUCCGAAACUUGGGUCAUCAAGGUAGCGAUUGCCUCGCUCUUUACCCUGCCCAACGUCCUCGGCAUUCAAGUGGUUGGGCGGGGCAUGGUCUUCCUCUCGAUAGCUAUGUUGCUCCCGUUCGUGGCGCUAACUGUGCUUGGGUUUGCGAACGCAGCCGAUUGGAGUAACCUCGGUCAAGUGCGGUAUACCGACACGCCAUUCAACGCAUCGCGUGGCGGCCAGUCGCCUGGCCAUGACGUGGCAAUUGAGUGGAGUUUGCUCCUGACCACUGUGUUUUGGAACUGCAAUGGAUUUGCAAAUGUGUCGACAUUUGCCGGCGAGGUUGCGAGCCCCGGUAAGGUAUACCCCAAGGCGCUGCUCAUGACAUUGGUUGCCCUCGAACUGUCGUACGUGCUGCCGCUGGCCGCCGGUGCCGUGUACAACUCACCUCCCUGGUGGUCGUGGACCGAGAUCAGCUUCAGCGACCUGGCAUAUUCCCUUGGCGGCAAUGGCCUGCUCACCUUCGUGACGGCGUCGACCCUGGCGAGCAACUGGGGCCAAUUUACCAGCGAGAUGUUGUGCGUGUCCUUUCAACUCACUGGCAUGGCCGAGUCAGGGUUGGCGCCGGCCUGUUUUGCGGCGCGUUGGAAAUCCCCUGGUGACGUGCCUUUUGCAUCGAUCGCUCUGUCGUAUGGCUUGGUGCUUGUGCUUGUCGGCCUGGACAUCGACGACGUCAUGACGACUGCGAACGUCAUCUCGGCCAUGUACCAAGUGCUUCUAAUCUUUGCAGCCAUCCACCUGCGGGUUUCCAUGCCUCAAGUCCAUCGACCAUUCCGAGUGCCUGGCUCCGUGGGGGUGUUGGCAGGCCUGAGUGUGCUUCCAGUGUGUGUCGCAUCGUAUUUGGUCUACACAUCCCUUGUUGAAGCACGCUCGGCGCCGUCGUCGUCAAUUAAGUUCAUCAUGCCGCUCAUCCUUGUAUUCGGCGUAUUUUAUGCGCUUCAACUCAAGCCCCAGCUCACGAAGGUCGAACGGUCGGCAGAGUUCAUGACGGACGAGUCGCAACGACUAGCAUAGAGACUGCAGCCGACGUGAACAUGAUGCGGUGUGGAAUGGACCUCGAUACCAGCCCUAGAGAGUGCUCUUUGAACUUCGACAGGUGAUACACUCCACACUCCCGAGAUUGUACAUGGAGCACAACUCGAGGCAUGCCGGCAGCUCAUCUUCAUCGACUUGAUGAUUCAAAUCCAAAUGCAAGCACCAUGAACCUAGACAUCGUCGCAGCUACAACCAUACUCCCGUCACCUGCAAUGCGCCAGGCUAGAAGGCGUGACGUUGUCAUGCCAAUCCUGCACAUGGUGUACAUCGCAGAAAAUGUUGGGACCUGCCCAGUCGAUAGGUCAGGCCCUGUACGCCGCGCGUGCGGGUCGUGUGCCCUCGGCAUCCAAUUCCAAUACGCACAAGUGGUGUUGAACAUUAAAUACUUUGAAUGUUGACACGGUGCUACUCCAACUCGUACAAGGUCACGGCUGCUUUUGGUGCAAUAAAGUUCUUUGCCGUCAGCUUCAUCAGCCAAGCGUAGACGAAGCCGACGACGAUUACAGUCGGGACAAGCACGACGGGGGUGAUGGUGGAUUCCGACGAGAACGUGUUGUAGACCAAGUACCCACAAACCGCGGUUGGAAGAAUACUGAUAGCCACCAACGUUGUGAGCCCACCAGGGACUUUGUACGGGCGGGCAACGUCCGGCUGGGUCACGCGGAGCUUGAUUCCUGACACAAUCAGGAGAAUUUGGCUCAUGGCGGACAGCACGUUGGCCAUCAAGAGAACUUCCGAGAAAUCCAACCCCAUCAGGACCACGAUGAUGGCCCCGGACAGCGCCACGGACACGUACGGGACAUCCGUUCGCUUGCCUCGCUUCGCAAAGACAGCAGGGGCUAGCCCCGCUUCGGCCAUCCCCGUGAGUUGAAACGAGACCCAGAACAGUUCGCUGCUGUACAUGCCCCACGUGCUUGCAAUGGUCGCGACGGUGAUGAGGCCCAAGAGGGCGUCGCCCCCAACGGCAAGCCCAAGGUCGCUGAAACUAAUUUCUGUCCAAGUAUGCCACAACGGCUCGUUGAACACGGCGCCGGCAACCAACGGGAUCAAGUAGGUGAGUUCAACAAACAGGAUCGUGAUCGCUAGCGCCUUGGGGUACGUCUUGCCAGGGUUGGCGACCUCGCCAGCAAAUGUGGACACGCUCGCAAAGCCGUUGAAGCUCCAAAAGAUCGUUCCCAUGAGAACAUCCCACUGAACUGCGAGGCCGCCCGUGGUGAUGUACUCGGUCGAGUUGGAUAACUCAGUGUCGCGAAACCGGAAUUGGCCGAGCGCGCCCCAGUCAUCCGCCGUCGCAAAGCUCCACACGGAGAAAAUCAUGAACGGAAGCGUGACGACUGCAGUCAAGAUGACCAUGCCGCGGCCGACGAGCUGGACGCCAAGGAGGUUGGGCAGAGCAAACACGAGGGCGAACGCGCCUUUGAGAAACCACGUGCCAACCGUGUUGUCGGCCACUUGCGGAAUGUACUUGCUCAGCGCCGUGACAGCCAGCGCCGGGUACACGGCGUUGUCGAUCGCGCCCGACAACCAAGCCCAAAAUCCUUCUUGGAAGCCCCAGAACGGCCCGAAGGCAUGGUAGACCCACAGCGUAUACCCGCCUGAAAUCAGCAUUAGAUCGCGAGACGCGGUCGAUCCAACACACCAUUAUCGGGGUACAUUGUGCAGAGUUCGGCUAGGACGAGCGAGAUCGGAACGCACCACGCAAAGGGAAAGACCGCCAACGCAAUUAGACCCAGCGCCGGGCCACCAGCCCCAAAAAUCCCCUCCGACCCCAUUGCGCCACCGCACACGCUGAAGAAGCAAAGCGCGACGACUUGGGCCGUGGUCAACACGCGGCGGCCUAGGGGUUGGAGCGCCACAUCCGGUGCGUCGACGUAGGCAGUUUCACUGGAGGAAACAAGAUGGAUGGCACACGUCAGAGGGCGAUGAGCGACGAGAUCUCUUAAACGUACAAAGUGGCUGGUUGGUCGGCGCCUGGAGCGGGAAUGGAAUUCUGCAUGGCUGCUUGUCGUGAUGGGUGCUGGGUCGACCAAGCCAGCAAGUCGCCGAAUGGGAGGGACCCGUGAGAUGCAGCGGAAGAGAGGCAUUUGAUCUGGUUCGUGUCGUCAAGCCAUA